GCCGAUAGAAACAAAGUAGGAGGUUUUAGUUUUGUAUGUCGAAAUAUAAGUGCGUACAGACAAUCGCGUUGUAUGUACGAUGUGCUCGGGUCCAUACGCUUGCCCGUUUCUAUGACACCAGGCCAGACAACUCGUCUGUUAGCAUUGAGCUAACUCGCCGCUAACGAUCAGAUCCGGGCCACUCGCACCGAAUUUCACUCGACUUGGGUUCUAGGCCUUUAAAAGAGCAUGUACGGCUCGUUGCGAGUAAUGUUGCAGGUGCUGUGGGCCCAGCUCCUCCUGUGCGCUUGGGCGCUGGGCUCCGAGCUCACGUUCGAACUGCCCGACAACGCCAAACAGUGCUUCUACGAGGACAUCACCACCGGAACCAAGUGUACGCUGGAAUUUCAGGUGGUGACUGGCGGCCAUUAUGACGUGGACUGCCGCCUGGAAGAUCCGGACGGCGUAACGCUCUACAAGGAGAUGAAGAAGCAGUACGACAGCUUCACCUUCACCGCCGCCAAGGACGGCACAUACAAAUUUUGCUUCAGCAACGAGUUCUCCACGUUCACGCACAAGACGGUCUACUUCGACUUCCAGGUCGGGGACGACCCACCGCUCUUCCCGAACGAGAACAGGGCCACCGCCCUCACCCAUUUGGAGUCAGCCUGCGUGUCCAUCCACGAAGCCCUCAAGUCAGUCAUCGACUACCAGACGCACUUCCGUCUCCGUGAGGCACAGGGACGCAGCCGCGCCGAAGAUCUGAACACGCGUGUGGCCUUUUGGUCCAUCGGUGAGGCCUUGGUCCUGCUGGUUGUCAGCAUCAGUCAAGUGGUCCUCCUCCGGAGCUUCUUCUCGGACAAGAAGACCACCACCACCCGCGUGGGGUCGUAACCCGGCCUGAUGUCCUUUUUUGUUUGUUUUUGUUCAUUUUUGGCUUGUUUUCAUAGAGCGACUUCUAACAGCAGAGAUAUUUGAAUCACUUCACACUUAUUUCAGCUGCUGUUUAAAGACACUGUAUGCAAAUUAGUCGUAUACAGCGAGAUUUGAUUGGGGGAGGGGCGUACACAACAAUGAUUGUGCUUUUAAAAAUCUUCUACUACUGAACAUAGUUGGCGAUAGCCCUUUCAGUAUUUGAAAUCAUUUGGGUUUUUUUGUUCCUCUUUUAAUGUUGUCCUCUUUGUCAGCCAUUUUUAGUUAAACUGCCUGGGGACUAAAAAAAAGGGAGGAUUCAAGUCAUGCCAGCAGCACUAACGCACACGGACGCUUGAGCCCAAAAUCUGUUAUUUUUCUCAGACUAUAAAUCUGCAAAUCUUCAUGCAUAAAAAGAAGUCACAGCUUCAACUUUAAUGCCUAAUCCUUGGAUCUUACUCAGAUGUGAUUCCAGCGCUUUUGUGCAGAGUUACAUUUGUAUCGGUUGCUGUUACAUGAUCUGUCUUUGCUGGUAACAAUUAUAAACUACUUGUAAAGCUUCAGUAGAGCUACUUAGUCACAAUUGGCAUACUUUCAGGAGGAAACAAUAUAAAAUGAUGCGAGUCCCCCCCGUCUCAAGUCAAUUUGUAAUGCAUGUCGAAACGUAUCACCAAAUUGUGUGCCUGUUCAAAGGAAGCUUUAGAGUAAAAGUCUGCACCUCUUUUUUUGAUCUGUUGUAGUCAAAUUUAAACAAUGAUUUACAAAAUACAGCCCAUGUAUUAGUCUUUGAAACCUAUAACAAAACAUAUAGUUAGUCCUCUGUAUGAUGCAGUCCUCCUUUCAAUAGGAACUCAUAACCUUCCUGUUGUUGGUUUUACAAUAUCACUGCAUAUGUGCAUUGAUGAGUUUUUUUUCCCCCGUUCAAGAAAAAACCUGUUUUGUGGGCACUCUGGGGAUGUGUUAAGUUAUUGUAAUGACUGAAUAAACUCUCCGUUCAAAUGCG